GUAAAGUAUGACAUUGGGCAAAUGCUGCUUCUUAUCUGGAAAUGGAAGAAGAGUUUAUUCAAUUACCAAUAUUUAACUUGGUUUACUUAAUAUGUGCAGACACAGUGGGGGAUAAACACACCCAAACAUAUCAAAUUAAACAGCAUUAAACUGACUUAAAAUCCUCGUUAGAAGCGUUAAAUCAUUUUCUCUGAACAUAUACUGCCAUUGAUUUUGGCUCAUAUUGUUGGCUCUGCACCUUCACAUCACAUGGCCCGAGGUCAUACAGUAGUUUAUUUGCACUUUAUCAUUACAUCAUGCUUUCAUCUUACACUACACCCCUGCUUAAACACAACAACAACAACAACAACAACAACAACAGUGCAACAUAAAUCCCGUCAGUGCUACAGCCAAGCGGUGCUGAAAGCGUUAAAUCAGAUGUGGAGGAGAGCGGCGAGCUGCCAUGGAUCCACCUUCGGAGAGAUGCGGCGCCUCCUCACACAGCUGACUGGCAACACAGGUAUUCUGUCCGGAUGGGCUUCCGGCAUACUUGUUGAUCUUCGGGCGAAACAGUGGGGCGAUGUGCGGAGCAGGAAAACCAGCGGAUAGGCAAUAGAUCGUGCUGAGGAUCUCUCUGCCAUGUCGGAGGCAGAGGAGGGGGAACUGGAUUGGGUUAAACCCUGGCAAUAGUAAACCAAUAACGGCGCCUCCUUUUUUUUUUUUUAAAUGCUACUGCUUCAUCUCCGUUUGUGCCAGCGGAUUGAUUGUUCACAGAGCGGUACGUGCUGGUUUGAUUCAGUGCACGAUGACAACAACUCACUACGACACAAUAAUGAAAGUAAACGGGACCAACUGUAGUCCAUAGCCCUGGAUAUUCACCUGCUUCCUCAUCUUAAAGUCAUCAUGGAGAAAUCCUUGGCAGAGUUCAAUAAAGCCAGCUCCCGGUCAACGUCAUCGCUUCCACCAGAGCCGGUGGACAUCAUUCGCAGCAAGUCAUGUUUCCGCAGAGUCAGGCUGAAUGUUGGGGGCCUCCCACAUGAAGUCUUGUGGCGAACGUUAGAUAGGCUACCACGAACACGUUUGGGAAAGUUAAGAGAUUGCAACACCCAUGAAUCUCUGAUGGAGGUGUGCGAUGAUUAUAACCUUGAGGAGAAUGAGUACUUUUUCGACCGACACCCAGGGGCGUUCACAUCAAUUCUGAACUUUUACCGCACAGGUAAGCUGCACAUGAUGGAAGAAAUGUGCGCCCUGUCGUUCAGUCAAGAACUUGACUAUUGGGGCAUCGACGAAAUCUACCUGGAGUCGUGUUGCCAGGCGAGGUACCACCAGAAAAAGGAGCAAAUGAAUGAGGAGCUCAAAAGAGAGGCAGAUAACUUGAAAGACAGAGAAGGAGAAGAGUUUGACAACACUUGCUGCGCUGAAAAGCGAAAGAAACUUUGGGACCUCCUGGAAAAGCCAAGCUCGUCUGUUGCAGCAAAGAUCUUGGCCAUCAUCUCCAUCCUCUUCAUCGUGCUAUCCACCAUUGCCUUGUCUCUGAACACCCUUCCAGAGCUGCAGGAUACAGAUGAGUUCGGCCAGUCCACAGACAACCCACAACUAGCCCAUGUAGAAGCUGUGUGUAUUGCCUGGUUUACCAUGGAGUACCUGCUCCGCUUCCUCUCCUCCCCCAACAAGUGGAAGUUUUUCAAGGGUCCUCUGAACGUCAUUGACCUGCUGGCCAUCCUGCCCUACUAUGUCACCAUCUUUCUGACAGAAUCCAACAAGAGUGUGCUGCAGUUUCAGAAUGUCCGCCGUGUGGUUCAGAUUUUCCGGAUCAUGCGUAUUCUGCGUAUUCUGAAGCUGGCUCGUCAUUCCACAGGUCUUCAGUCUCUGGGUUUCACUCUUAGGAGAAGCUACAAUGAGCUGGGCCUGCUCAUUCUUUUUCUGGCCAUGGGUAUCAUGAUCUUCUCCAGUCUGGUGUUUUUCGCUGAGAAAGAUGAGGAGGAUACAAAGUUUAAAAGCAUUCCAGCUUCUUUCUGGUGGGCUACUAUCACUAUGACCACAGUAGGUUAUGGCGAUAUCUACCCAAAAACUCUACUGGGAAAGAUAGUGGGGGGUUUAUGCUGCAUAGCUGGGGUAUUGGUGAUAGCUCUGCCUAUUCCCAUUAUUGUAAAUAACUUCUCUGAAUUCUACAAGGAACAGAAGAGGCAGGAAAAAGCACUUAAACGAAGGGAGGCUCUGGAGAGGGCAAAGAGAAAUGGUAGCAUUGUCUCAAUGAACUUGAAAGAGGCCUUCGCUCGUAGUGCAGAGCUGAUGGAUGUGGUGGUAGAGAAGAGUGAGCGGCCUCAUGACAACCACCUCUCUCCAAGCCGUUGGAAGUGGACUCCCAAGAGGGCUGCAUCAGAAACAAGCUCAAACCGUUCGUUCAAUGCCCAGGAGCUAGGUUCUCCCAACAAGACUCGAACCACCAGUCCCCAAAGGCUAAAUGUUCAGAAGCUGGAGGAGAUGUACAACCAGAUGGCCAAGACGCAGUCACAACCCAACCUCAAUGCUAAAGACAGAGGCUCCAGGGUUGGAAAACAGAGGGAUGAGAUAGAGCUGGGGGCCAUCCAAGAUCACGGGCAACCAGUGCUAGGAACCAGAGAAGGAGUGGGGGACAUGAAAAGCUUGUCCAGUAUUGACAGCUACAUCAGUUGUGCUACAGACUUCCAGGAGAAUACACGCUUCCAACAUAGUCCAGCAAUGGACCUUGGUCAUCAGGAAAGCAACCGGUUCUCCCAUAGUCCAGCUACAGCUUUUUCCCAGCACACCAGUGUAAAAACAGGCCAGCAAACCAUUGUGGAGCGUGAGCCCAUGCUGACUCCCUUGUCUGUCACCAAACCCUCUUGCUCAGAAAAUGCAAGGAGAUUCUUCUUUUCUGGCAACCCCUCAAAAAGCCUUAUCCCCAAAGGAGGCUGCCGCAGCGAUGGGGAGUCAGGGCCAUCCCCACUCUCAGACAGCUCAGUCUUGUCAGACCAUUCUUUGUUAAGUCCUGAAGUUUCUGUCUACACCACUGCCAGCAGCAGGACCCCGCCGAAGUCCCCAGAUAGCACUGCCCUGGCCCCAACUGUUUUCACCUUCCACGACUCCUCCAUCAGCAAAUAUAUUGACGCCGAUACAGAUGAUGAUGAGCACCUCCGUGACAUCUCUGAUGCCAGUCCCUCAGAGCGCCUGUUGUCUGGUUCAAGCCCCAAGCGCAGCAUCAACAUCAAUUACCAGAGGGGCAACAACCAUUUAGAAGCAGCCCAGAAAAUGCUGGGGCAAAACUGUCUGUUCCCCCUUGAAGGGAUUCGUGGGGUUGCUCACGAGAAUCAUGUGGGACCUGAGAUGGCACGUAGACCAAAGGGGCGUCAAAAUACUUUGGAUAAAAGCCUCUGAGGUACAAAUAGAGAAGAGCAAACAGGAAACUAGGACAGGAGUGUUUGUGAUAGGGACACCAAACCAACAAAACACUCAAAGACAAAAGAACAGGGAGAGACAAGGAGUCUCACCGAAACAUUUCACAAUUUACCUGAGCAUGCAAUUGGGCAAUAAGCUCAAGGUGAACAUGUGUGGUGAAUACUCUGGGAGAAAAACACUUCUAAAUUGGAGAAUGUCACUGCCCCUCCUUCAACUCAUUCCUAUUAGAGGUAUUCCACAGCCACAAAACAAAGGAGCACUCCCAGGUAGCCAGCAGGUCUGUUCAGAGAUCCCCAUGGAGGCAGAGUGUUUGGAGAAAUUGAAAUGUGGUUAUAACUGGUGUAACCCAACUGUAUGAUGUGGUAGGGGGCUAUCUCUAUAUUCUCUAGGAAAAAAACCCCAGCUGCCCACUGUCCCACUACUGAGUCCCAGUUCAUUUUGUAGUCUUGGAGAUACAGGAGAGGACCUAGAAGCCUAUAAGCUACUUACUUGUGCCCUCCAUUCCUAAACCUGGCCUUAGUCAUUUGCAUUUGUAGGGUUGUGCAUGUCUGCAUAUGUGUGUGCAUGUGUGUGAGUGUGAAUGUGGAUGAGUGAUCUAAUGGUAAUUCAUGUAUACACACUUUUGAGAUUGUCUUACCUGAUUUAUUUUUAUAUAGAUAAGAGAAAGUUCGUUAUAGAGAUAUGUGAUUUGCUAGUCUGCUGUGUCAUAAUUAUAUGUGAAAAGUAAUCCUGUAUAAGGUCCAAUGUUUUGGCACAGAGACUGCAGAUAUCGGAGGUUCCAGCCCAUCAUCCAUUAUAAUGAGUGGUCUGUCUUGAACAGUAUUUUGCUAUCCCCUAUGUUAUUAUGUCAUUGUGAGAAUGGAUGAUACUUUCAAAUCUGCCAGUGAAUAUUGUCUUAGCACCUCAGUAUAAUUUAUAAAGGAGGAUAGUGGUGGACCAAGAGUUUUUAUAUGGGCUAACAUAAGAGCCAGAAAUAAUAAUCUUGAUUGCUGCAUAAAGCGCACAUUUAUGAAGCAUGCAUGUGCCCAACCGGACAACAUACAGCAACAUUAGUCAUUUAUCCUCCAUAUCUAAAGAUUUUUUUUUUUUUUUUUUAAUGUUUACAGCAUAUGAUUACUGACAUAAAAUUUAGAUUUUAGUAACAGAUGUUCAGCAUGCAUUGGCCUUCCUUUAACCAACAUAAAAGCAGCCAAAGAGAUCAGUUUUAGAAAAUGGAAGAUGUGUGUAUAAGAUUCUGAAAGCAGGGGAGUUACCCAUCUCUACUUUGUUCCUUAAAUCAUCAAAACAAGAUCUAUAAAAUAGACAAACAGCACUGACUAUACACAACCAGGCUGACUUUACCAUAAAUCAGUUGUAAAUGCCAGAACUGAAGAAACCCAUGCACGAGCGCACACACCCACAAAAGAUACAUACAGGUAUGGAAGACAAUCUUCAGGAUACAUCGUUUCCAUGGUGACAGCAGCUGUCCUGAAAGCUUGGCAGCAGCUCGGCAACGGUUUGUAAAUUGGGGUGGGAAGGUCUGAUUGCAUGUAACGUGUGCUCACAGACAUGUACAAGAACACACAUACAGGCAUGUACCCAUAAAGUGACAGGUAUGCACAGUAGUCACAUGUUAGCAUAGCCAC